GUGCACAGGAGCCGAACAAUCAUUUCUGGAAUCGGAUUACUAUAACUAAAUCUACAUUUCUUUGGUCCUGGUUCUAACCAGCAAGCCGGCCCAAAUUGAGCCAAGAUUCAUCCUUUCUUUCAACGGCCUCCACCUCCUCCAAAUCCCAAAUCUGCUCCGACAACUCCACCCCAGUCUAUCACUCUGUCAAACACACUUCUUUCUCCAACAUCACUCCUAGUCACCUACAAUGUUCUGAAAAUUGGACCAGAUCGGUCGGACCGUCCGGUUCAACCACGAACCGGCAACAUUAACGAUCCGGUCAGGCCGUUGUUUAGAAAACCGGUGAAAAACGGAAGCUCCUUCGUUUCUUUCUCCCUCUUUCUUUCAUUCAGAAAGAAAUCACACAAACCCAGCCAAAAAACCCUAGCACUGUGAGCCUACACCACCGCCGCAAGGAGUGGCAUACUGCCGCCGUCCGUCUUCAACCCCUGUUCGCUGUCACCGAUCGCGGCUGCUUCCUCGAGCUCGGCGUCCGUCGUCUUUGUCUGCUCAGCCGCGCUUCCGUCGCCGUUUGUUUGCCGUUCACGUUCACGUCUUCGUUCAGCUGUCGUCUUCGUUCGCGUUCUUCGCCGUUCACCGUCGAGUUCGCAUUCGCGUUUGGAAGCCACGUUGCUCUGCUUCAAACUCUGCGACCAACCCGCGCGCUCCACCUAGCCGUCGAACUGCUCUCUUUUAUCGCCGCCGAAAAAUAAAGAUUGGUAACUGCAUGAGAAAAGACUGGCCAAAUGAAAUAGUAAGGCAUGUUUAAAGUUGACUUUGCGGACAGACCCUAAGAGGGAGAGCGAAGGGAGAUGGAGAGAGGAGACUGGGGAGAGGAAAGGUGGCUCCAUGAAACUUGCGACCACCAUGGUUCGUUCAUUUAGAUUUUUCGGCGACUCACCAACUAUGGAAGACAGCAACCUCAUGUCCGGUGGCGGCUCAGAUGAAGUAGCCAUUGGUGAAGUUGUGCCCCCUUCUCUUCCCUUCUCUUUGCUCCUAUUAUCUUCUUCCACUGUUUUUUCAGUUUUCUUCUUUCUUCUUUAUUCUUGCUUUUAAGAUGGUGUGAUAUUGUGCAAGUCACACAGAAUUGGUUUUCAGUUCUCUCUUAUUGUAUUUAUUUUCUGUAAUGUUUGUGAAUUGAAACGUUGCAGAGACGACUGUGUAUACCCAAUAUAUGUUGUGACUGUGUAAAUGACAAUGGAGUGGUUGUGUGUGAUAAUUGUGAUGGUUGGGUAAAUGAAAGUGUGUAAAUGACAAUGAAGUGUUUGCAUGUGAUAAUGGUGAUGCUUUGGUACAUGUAAAAUAUUUGAUGUAGAAAAAAUAGGUAACAGUAAAGGAGGAGUGAAUUGGAUUCUUUUCCUCAAAAGAAAGUUUUGCUCUUCUGUUGAGUGAUCACUGUUUUUUAUAGGUAAAGUUUGCAUCAAUGAUGCAUAUGUAGGGGAUAAGAUUUUCAACAAUAGAUUGUCCAAAUUUCAAACACACUUCUUCAUUCUUUGAAUUUACAUUUAUUCUCUUUGAACUAGGUGCUUUAAUUAACUUUUGAAAUUUCCAUAUGUCACCAGCCACGUGGUAAGACUUUGGGGACUUCCACCUUUUAUCACAUUUGGUGACUUUCCAACGCCAAUAUUUGAAGCACAUGCAGACAAAUGAGACCAAUUCCUAUAGAUAUAGCUAGCAAACAAAAGCAUCAGGAAGAAGGAUAUAGUGACAUGUGCAGCUAUAUGCUGGAUUUAUAGGAAAUAAAAAUAAAAAUGUUCAAAAAGAAAAAGAAAAGUGAAACUAGAUGGCCCAAACAGCGGGAACUUUUGGGCCCAGAUACUAUUAGUUUUCUAAUCCAACUCUGCUUCCACAUGUUCUCUGUCUCACCCCACCGAAGAUCUCGUCACUCCUUCAUCUCUCAGCCUUGAGCAAUUGAGCCUUCAGGCCUUCACCAUCGCUGUUGUCGUUAGUUCUGCAGUCGUGCAGUCGUGCAUGCAUCAAGCUCAUUAGGUACAGGCAUCCUGGAAUGGUUCUUCCUUUCACAAGAUACAUUCCAUUGCACAGCUGUUUGGUCAGAAAGGCUUCAACUUUGCAGAGAUUUUUUCCUGGGCAUUUCAAUCCCAUUUUGCAAAAAAUUUCCACUUCUAGUAGUAGUGACUGUGAAAGAUUACCAUGGGAACGUUCUACCAAAGCAAUUCUACUAGGGAAGCUCAAAACUGCUUUGAGAAACCAUCAGAUGCAUGAAGGAUGGGAAUCCUUUCAGGAUUUUAGGACACUGUAUGGGUACCCUGAGGUUCAGUUGCUAAACCAGCUCAUUGUUCAGCUGUCUUAUUCAUCUAAUCAUUCUUGGACGAGAAAAGCUUUUGAUUUGGUUUUGCAGGUGGUUAAAGAGGAGAAUAAUUCUGGUUUGGUUCAUGUUGAUACGUUAACCAAACUUGCACUUUCUUUGGCAAGGUUGCAAAUGUCAACCUCUGCAGCGGUGAUUCUUAGAUUGAUGCUGGAUAAGGGGUGUGUGCCCCCUAUGCAUUUGUUGUGCUUGGUCUUCUUGCACCUUGUGAAGACAGAGAUUGGAGCAUAUAUUGCAUGUAACUAUUUGUCUCAGGUUUGUGACUUUUACAUUUGCUUGAAGGAUAAAAAGGCUCAAUCUGCGGAUGUGGUUAAGCCAGAUGCAUCAAUCUUUUGCCUUGUUCUUGAUGCUUGUGUGAGGUUUAAUUUACCCUUGAAGGGCUUGUUGCUGAUUGAAUUAGUGGCACUAACUGGGACAGUGGUUGAUGCACACACUGUUGUAAUAGUUUCACAGAUUCUAGAGAUGAAUGGUUUAAGAGAUGAAAUAAGGGAAUUAAAAGAUCACAUUGAUAGUGUGUCAGCUGCUUUCAUUCGCCUCUAUCGACAAUUCUAUGAUAGUUUGUUGAGCUUGCACUUCAAGUUUAAUGACAUUGAUGCUGCUGCUAAGCUUGUUUUUGAUAUGAAUAGUUCACAUAAUCGUCAUGAUCAUAAAGAAAAUAGGAAAGAUCUUAAAAACCCUUGCUCUAUUGCAAUUGGAUCGCGUAACCUUAGGACUGGACUAAAGAUACAUAUUGAGCUUGAGCUGCUGCAGAAUGAUUCUGUCGUUAAACCUGAAGGUAGACAAGACCUGAUCUUUUAUAGGGGUCAAAAACUUGUUCUCAGCAACAGAGCACUGGCAAAAUUCAUUACCGGUUACAAGAAAGAUGGGAGGAUUAUUGAACUUUCAAAGCUUUUACUUAGCGUUCAAGAGGAACUAUAUUCAGUAGCAGGAUCUCGUUUGUGUUCUGAUGCAAUUGGUGCUUGCAUUUACUUUGGAUGGCUUGAAUCUGCUCAUGACAUUUUGGAUGAUGCAGAGGCUGCUGGAUCUCCAUUGGACUGGGAUACAUAUAUGUUACUCUUGUCAGCAUAUCGUAGGCGCAGAAUGCAAAGAGUAGCAAAUGCACUGCUAAAACAAAUGACAAGGGUUCAUUUGGAUAAUGAAUUGGCUGAUGAUACUAUCCACGAACACUUUCACUGUGUGGAAACAUCAGAUUCACUUGGUAAAUCGAAUUUGGUCGUCACCUUGGUUCAAAUAUUGAAAGAUGAAGAUCAGAUUAUCCCUUUGGUGUAUGAGUUUAAUUCUUCCAUCCACUUCUUUUGCAUGGCUAGAAUGAUGGAAGAUGCACUAAAGGUGUAUAGAAGAAUGGUUGAAAUGAACAUUCAGCCCACUAUUCAGACUUUUGCUUAUCUGCUACGUGGAUAUUCAUCUCUUGGUAUGUAUCGUGAGAUCACAAUCUUGUGGGGAGAGAUUAAGAGAUUCAUGAAGGGUUGUGGUUUUCCGGCAAAUAGAGAUUUAUACGAGUUACUACUAAUAAACUUUCUUCGCGGUGGAUACUUUGAGCGAGUGAUGGAAGUCAUUGGCCAUAUGAGAGACCAAAACAUGUAUGCUGAUAAGUUGAUGUAUAAAGUUGAGUUCUUAAGACUUCACAAAAAUCUUUAUAAGAGUUUAAAAGCAUCAGAUGCAAGAACAGAAGCACAACUCAAAAGGCUUGAGCAUGUUCAGGAGUUUAGGAAAUGGGUGGGUAUAGUUUGAGUUUUCCAAUAAAUAUCCAUCUGUCAUGGUGUACUUUUUGUAGUAUUAUUCAUUAAUCCUAUCAAUCAUCAAAUGGAUCCAUCAUUUGAUCUUAGCUCAUUAAUCAUAGAUUCAUAGCUGCUGUUCUUUGCCGAUAAAUGCAAUUAUGUUGCCAGUUGCAACCUUUGUAGAUGAAAUCAUUUUCAUGGUUGAUGAUGUUUAUGAACACAUGCAAUAGAACUUUAGUGAUUUAA